AUGUGGCUCUUGGAGAAAGUUGGCUACAGGGUGGGGACCGCCGAGCCUGGGGCCCGGUGGACACCCUCCAACCUGUUCCCUAAGCGCCGCGCUCCGGGCGCGCCCGCCCGCGCCUGCCCCAACAUCCUCACACCCGACCGUAUCCCGCAGUUCUUCAUCCCCCCUCGGCUCCCAGACCCAGGCUGCACCGAGCCCCCGGCCAGGCGCGACGCCGGCCGGCGAGGCCUCCCCGCGGUCUGCUCGCUGCCGCACUUGGCGGGCCGCGAAGGCUGGGCCUUCCUGCCCGAGAGCCCGCACACGCGCCGGCGCGAGUCCCUGUUCCACUCGCCGUCGCUCGCCCCCGCCGGAGGACUCCCUCCGGCUCAGUGCCGGCUGCACCUUUCCGCCCCGGACCUGCGCCUCUGCCGGGCCACCGACAGCGAUACGGCCUCGUCGCCCGACUCAUCGCCCUUCGGCUCCCCGCGGCCGGGCCGUGGCCGGCGCCGGCCACCCAGGCCACACUCUCUGUCUCCCGAAGAGGCGAGCUCGGCCGACACGAGCCCGUACGCUGCGCGCCGCGCAGGGCCGCCCAUGCCGCCGCUCUUCCACCUCGACUUCCUGUGCUGCCAGCUGCGGCCGACCAAGGACAGCGUGCUGCGCCUCGGGCCCAGCGGAGGCCAGCUGCGCCUCUCGGCCGAGUACCAGGCCGGGCCCAGGCGGCUGCGGCUGCGCCUGGUGAGCGCCGAGGGCCUGCCCCGGCCGCGGCCGGGCCCUGGGAGCGGCGGAGGCGGCUGCUGCGUGGUGUUGAGGCUGCGGCCGCGCGUGCGGCCGCGGGGCCAGCGGAGCCGCGUGGUCAAGUGCAGCGCCAACCCUAUCUUCAACGAGGACUUCUUCUUCGACGGGCUCGGCCCGCCAGACCUGGCCGCCCGCAGCCUAAAAGCCAAGGUGCUGGACAGGGGCGCUGGGCUCCGCAGGGACGCGCUGCUAGGGGAGUGCGAGACGCCUCUGAUUGCCCUGCUGCCCCCCUUGGGUGGAGGGCUAGGCCCAGGGACCUCCCUGGCACCUGCCCACCUUAGCCUCUAAACUGA